AUCAAAAAUAAUAAUAAUAGAUCGUAUGUAUGUAUUAUUGUUUUCAUAAUUAUUAUGUCAAUAAGUAUCAUGUAUUUCCUCUCGGGACUCUUUAUUUCUAAUAAUACAUACACGUUAACUUGCGAUAUUUACAAAUGAAGGAAGAAUACGAGUCUCAUACGUUUUCGUUCUACUACAAACGAUAUAUUACGUAGUACGUAUAUUUUGUAAAAAUUAAAUUAGACUUGUACCUCCUAUAGAGAUCUCGCUUUCCUAUUUCUAGCUUAAGUUAUAAUAUACAUACAUAUAUAGCAUUCGAAGGAAAAUACCGUUUCGCUCGCUUAGAUUAAUGCCCUAACCCUAUUCGUGCGUGUAUAUUAUGUACACACUCACUCACUAAAUGGUUUUCGUAAAUGAUAAUAAUCUCUUCGGAUCGACAACACAAUUACCUAUACUAUUAUUUUUAAUUUUUUUUUUUUUUCUUUUUGUUUUUUUGUUUUAUAAAUAUCAUUCGAUACGUUCGUCGUACCGGUGGUUGUUUUUAGGUAUUAUCAUCGCUCGUGUCGAGUUGCAACGUCGUGUUUUACGAGGCCCGACUUCGAACACCUUAAAUUAGUACGAAAAUUAUCGUAUACGCGAUGUGCGUUUUUAGAUUAUUAAUAAGGUAUCUUAGCUUUCGAUCCGUCGAUCGAUCGGAAUAUAUUAAUCGUUUUUAAUAGAAUAAAAUAACUUUUAAACGGGACUCGAGGUACACGCGUUGAACUAUAUCGAAAUUAAACGUCGAUAUCAUUCGCUACGAGCGAGCUAUUAGGCGAGUUAGACUCUCAUCCGACGGACAGGCUUACGAGGUAUCGCUCGGUGCUAUCGAUCUUUAAACGUACAUAAUAAAAUAUGAAAAUAUCGUAUUUAAAAAGAUACCUGUUAGUGAAAAGUUUUCAGCGUUCGUACGAGAAAUUGUCUAGCGACGUAGCGGCUCUCCUUACGGUAUUGCCGAUACUCUUCGAACUACUAGCGACCUCUGUCCGUCCACACGUCCGUUUCUGUAAAAAAGUUCUCAAUAGAGUCGUGUUCUAUCCGUGUGACAGUUUGUUCGUGCGUGUUUUAAUUGAAAAAGAAAAAUAAUAAUAAUAACAACAAAAAAUGGCCGAUACAGCAGUAGCGACCGAAGCCCCAGCACCCGCGACCCCGGCGAAGAAGCCUAAGGCUUCGGCCGCCGCGGGCGGCGCCGCCAAGAAGCCGAAGGCUAAGCCCACACACCCUAAGACAUCCGAAAUGGUAAACAGCGCGAUAAAAGAGUUGAAAGAGCGCAGCGGUUCCUCUCUGCAAGCGAUCAAAAAAUAUAUCGCCGCUCAAUACAAAGUCGAUUCGGAAAAGCUGGCUCCGUUCAUCAGGAAGUAUCUGAAGAGCGCCGUGGAAUCGGGAGCUCUCAUACAGACGAAGGGCAAGGGCGCUUCCGGCUCGUUUAAGCUCGAAUCGAAAUCGUCCGCAUCGAAGAAACCGGCCGGCGGCAGCGGCGGCGGAGCAUCGGGCGGCAAGGGCGCCUCGUCUUCGGCCGCGUCCGGUAAAUCGAAGAAAGCCUCGUCCGCUUCGGCCGCAGGCAAGGGAGGCGCGAAGAAGGCCGCCGCCGCCGCUGCCGCCGCCGCCGCUGCGGCCGCCGCGGCCUCCGCCGGUGCGGCGUCAUCGCCGUCGAAGUCCAAACCGAAGGCAGCGACUAAGGACAAAAAAGCCGCCGCCGCUAAGAAGAAGCCGGCGCCGAAGAAGGCGGCCGUCGCCGCGACGCCUUCUAAGGCGAAGGCCGGCGCCGCGUCGAAGGCGAAGAAGAGUGCCAAACCGCCCACUAAGAAGCCAAAAGCUCCUAAACCGAAGAAGGCAGCCGCAGCGACGCCCAAGUCGAAAGCGGCAGCUAAGAAAGCGGCCGCCGCCAAGAAGUGCGGUAAAGUGAAGGGAAAGGCAAAGUCUCGUUCGAACCGCGCCGGUCUUCAGUUUCCGGUCGGUCGUAUACACAGACUGCUGAGGAAGGGAAAUUACGCCGAACGCGUCGGUGCCGGCGCUCCCGUCUACCUAGCCGCCGUCAUGGAAUAUCUCGCCGCCGAAGUUCUCGAGUUGGCCGGAAACGCUGCCCGCGACAACAAGAAGACCAGAAUCAUACCGAGACAUCUUCAGCUGGCGAUCCGUAACGACGAGGAAUUGAACAAGCUCCUGUCGGGCGUCACCAUCGCACAAGGCGGUGUCCUCCCGAACAUCCAAGCGGUCCUCUUACCGAAGAAGACCGAGAAGAAGGCAGCGACUAAGGACAAAAAAGCCGCCGCCGCUAAGAAGAAGCCGGCGCCGAAGAAGGCGGCCGUCGCCGCGACGCCUUCUAAGGCGAAGGCCGGCGCCGCGUCGAAGGCGAAGAAGAGUGCCAAACCGCCCACUAAGAAGCCAAAAGCUCCUAAACCGAAGAAGGCAGCCGCAGCGACGCCCAAGUCGAAAGCGGCAGCUAAGAAAGCGGCCGCCGCCAAGAAGUAAGCCGGUGACGUACGAAAGUGUUAAAACAACAACAAUAACAACUUCACGCGUCUCACGACGCCCUCGCGGUGUCGCUCGGCGUGUCGUCGUUUCGUUGCCAUCAUCACCAUCAUGGUAAUCGUCGUCAUCGUGCCGUCGGCCGCAGCGUCCGUCCGUUGGCGCGAUGUCGCUGCGACGACUACGACGAUGUUGAAGAAAAAGAAAAAGAAAAAGAAGAAGAAGAAGAAUAAGACGACUAAGUCGGGUGUCGAUACAAGCGAGUGCGGCGCGUUAAUCGCACACUAAAAAGCCCUUUUCAGGGCUAACAAAAACUUCCCAAAGCAAUCGUAAAUUUUUACGUAUCUACGCGACGUUUCAAACGAUCAUAUGACGUCAAUAUACAAAAAGAGUCGCAAUAUAUUAAUAGGUGUACCAUACAAUCGUAUUUAUAAAAUAAAUAAACAAAUAAUAGAAAAAAAAAAAUCUCAUACUAUAAACACAUACACAGACGCUACGAGUAUACAAACAAAGCUUUUUCGCGUUACUACUACAUAUCUAUAAGUAAAAAAUAAAAUAAAAUGAUAAUAUCAUACAAUUUACGACAAUAGAAUAUCCGCAAACGUUCAUUAUCAUUGAAAGUAAACAACAACAGUAACAAUAGAACAACUAAUUAAAGCAUUUAUCACUUACAAUAUUAGUUAUAA